CAGACUGCAAUUCUCAAGAAUCUGCACGUAAAAUGUUGGGAAAAUAGCCAAGUAUUAUCUUCUUAACCUCCAGGAAAAGACACAAUUUGCUAUGGAGAAAGUACAGACUGUUGAGCCUGGUGUGAAUACAACCCAAAAGAUUGUACGGGAUAUACAUGAGUUUUUGAAAGACCCCCCCAUCUGAGUUCUACCCAAGUGUUGUAGGUUUCUCUGGAAUCCUGGGACUCUUUCUUGCAAAAGGCAGCGCAGUGAGGAGGCUGAUCAUCCCCAUUGGGCUAAUGGCUCUGAGUUCCUCCAUGCUUUACCCACAUUCACAAAAGACUACAUCCAUUCCUGGGGUUCAGAAGAAUGAGUUGUUUUGGAGGAGCUACUGAGAGGGCAGUCAUCACCCAUGGAAAAGACUUUUCUGAGAAUGCUGUGGGAAAGAAAUUGAUCAGAUAUGCACAUAGCAAUUGAUGGCGAUAUGAACGACUUCUCAACUGGCCAAUCGCAGACCGCUUGUCAGUAGCUCUUAGUGGCCAAUCCGAACGCAGGAGGCGGGACCUGGGUGGGGGGUAAAAAUGCUGUCAUGAGAGAAAGCUGUCAUCUCUACAUAGACUGAACUGUUAUUGUAUGACUGAAGACAUUCACUGCUGUUAUACAAUAAAGUAUUGAGCGAAAAACAAGAAAGAUGUUCUCUCCGCGGAUCCUUAAUUCUGCAUCAUCUUUAGUGUGCAGAAGAUUUUCCAUGGGUCAAAUGUCCAGACAAGUAAUGGCUACUAUGUCAGAAGGAAACUCGUAUUUUCUUGUGAGCAAUGUUCGCAACAGGCUGAGGGAGAUAGUUGGGGCAUCCACCAACUGGAACAACCAUCAGCAAGCAAUGGUUGAGCGUGCAUCACUAAGCCAGUAUCUUGCUCAAAGUCAAGAUGAACUGCCUGCAAGGACAAUGAAGGACAGUGUAAUUGAGGUUCACCUCCCUCUGGGUUCUCAGCCUGCUCUGAGAGAGAAAUAUCUCAACUAUCACAACAGUGUCAGGUUUGGCCGGAUUAUGGAGGAUUUGGACAGUUUAGCAGUGCUCAUCUGUUAUUCUCACACAUGGAAUAAGGAGCUGAAAAGAUCGCCACUGUCUAUUGUCACUGCCCUAGUGGACAAGAUUGACAUGAGAAAAAACAUAAUCUACCCAGACUGUGAUAUCAAGUUCACAGGUCAUGUCACAUGGGUUGGCAAAACCUCAAUAGAAGCUAAAAUGCACAUGACUCAGUGUCAUGAUGGAGCAUACACCGAUGUAUUAGAUGCCACAUUUGUAAUGGUGGCUCGAGAUGCUGAAAACAAAAGGGCAGCUUUUGUAAACCCACUGAAACUAGAGGGGCCAGAGGAACAAGCUAUUUUUCAACAGGGGGAGAUUAACAAGAAGAGGCGGGUGGAGCUGAGCACAGCCUCCCUUCUUAAAGUGGCCCCAACAGCUGAGGAAAGGACUUGUAUUCACAACCUGUUCCUCAACACUCUAGACCCAAGAACUGUGAGUUUUCGAAGUCGGAUUCUACCACCUAACUCAGUUUGGAUGGAAGAUGCCAAAAUGAAAGGGCUCGAGAUUUGUCACCCACAGGAAAGAAAUAUAUUCAACCGAAUAUUCGGUGGCUUUCUGAUGAGAAAGGCCUACGAACUUGGUUGGGCCAAUGCCUGUGCAUUUGCUGGCUGCAGACCAACCCUGGUGGCUGUAGAUGACAUCUUGUUUCGGAAACCAGUUGAAAUUGGUUCCUUGCUAUUGCUGUCCUGACAGGUUUGUUACACAGAAGGGAUGCACAUCCAGGUCAGAGUUCACACAGAAGUGCUCGACCCUUUGACCCGGCAGCACAGCACCACCAAUGUGUUUCACUUCACAUUCCGUGUAGAGAAGGAUGUCCCAGCUGUUGUGCCACAGAGUUAUGGAGAGUCUAUGCUUUACCUGGAUGGAAGGAGACACUUUGAUGAGACCAUGAGAAGCCAGUGUUGAGUAUUCUGGGAUGUGCCGACAGUAUGUGAUUCCUGCCAAAGCAACAUCCAGCACUACAGUUAAACGAGUGUUUAUGUGUGAUGUCUGCUUUUAUUUGAACAGUUCUGUCUGUUUAAUUUUCACAAUAUACUGUAUUGCCUACUGCCAUUACAUAUACCUGUAUGCACUUUACCUAUUUAAUAUUCUUAUUUCCUCUCAAAAUUUCAAGUUUACUGCAGGAGAGACACCUUCAGAGAAAAGAACUAUAAUUAAGACAUUGGUCUUGUGGACAUUGGAUUUUUUAAAUUAUUUUCUUUUCUGGAAGUGCUUGUAUUUAUUUAUUUUUAUCCAGGCAUAACUGAAUUAUGUCACUGUCCCCAUCUACCUGUUUUGUCAUUAGGAGCAAUAACUGACCAUAGUUUGUUUGCAAUGUAGAAUGCAAUAUAUGAUCAAAUAUAUCGGGAGAGAUGUAUGUUAUUAAAGAUCAACAAAAAAGUAUCUUAAAAAGACUUUAAAGUAAGAGACGUACACACUCUAACUUUCUAAGUCUUGUACACCUUGAUCUCCUCUGAAAGGUUUCACUGAAGUUGGUGAUCAAGGUAUGAGGAUUUGACCUCAGCUGCAUUUUAAACUUAUUCCACCAACUACCAACAUACCUGUCCUAAAGAGCACUUAAUGGAUAGGUUUAUCAGUUAUAUCUGCAUUGUGUUUCAGAAUGCUCAUAAAUUGGCUUGUAGAAAAUUUUUUUUUUUUUAACUACUUUUCAGUUCAGCCAAACUGAGGAUUUCCCUUUGUCAGUUUCUGCAUAAUUAUUAAAUAGAACAAACAUUCAUAGAAAUUUAGAAAAGAUGGUAGAAUGGGCCUAAAAUGAAGUCUGUAUGCCGUUAAUGUUAAACUUUAAAAUACAUAGUCACACUACCUGGGCCAGACUGACCAUAAAAUGACAAAUGUAUGCAUGUCUUUUAAAUAUGUUUUAGUGCACAACAUAUAUUUAUCAGCAUAUACAUUAUAUGUCCCUCUAUUUUAUUUUUAUUUGUAUUUUUUAUAAAUUUUUCAAAAUGCUUUUAUUAUUUUGUGCCUUCAAUUCUCGGUCAUUUGUUACAGACAGAUGUACAGUAUAAACAAAAAAUAAAUAUGCCUAUCUGCAUCUCAAUUAGCAGACUAACCUAACAGACUAAUAAUAGCCUUAUUUGUAAUGUUCAUCUCAGAAUAAACAUCUCAGAAUUCCCUU